AUGAAGAUAUCCCUAUGGUCAUUCAGCUUUCUUCUGAUAGCUGGGUCUAUCGCGGCCAAGCAGAAAUCUGAGGACAAUUUUCGAAAGUUUCACACCAAGUCUCUUUCAUCAGCUCCUCUCAAGCUGGAUGAUUCGAUUUAUGGCGAACUGACUGCGAGCCCAAGAAACUAUUCGGUGGCUGUGCUCCUUACUGCAAUGAAUCCCAAGUUUGGAUGCCAAUUAUGUAGGGAAUAUCAGCUUGAAUGGGAAAUUCUCUCAAAGAGUUGGACCAGGGGUGACCGAAAAGGCGAUUCGAGAUUGAUAUUUGGAACUCUUGAUUUUACUGACGGAAGGAAUACGUUCCAAUCACUUGGCUUACAAACCGCGCCAGUUCUCUUACUUUUUCGUCCGAACCAAGGAAUGCAUUCUAGUGCCAACAGCUCGCCGCUCAAACUUGAGUUCACAAGUGGCUCGCAUUCUGCUGAGCAGACACAUGCGUGGAUCUCGCGUCACCUUCAAGAUGGACCACGCCCCAAAAUUGUUCGACCACUCAAUUGGAAACGUUUGAUCGCAGCAUCUACCACAGUACUGAGUAUCAUUGCAGCAAUAAGCCUAGCAUGGCCCAUAAUAAUGCCGGUUAUACAAAAUCGUAACUUAUGGGCUGCACUCAGUUUGAUAGCUAUUCUUCUUUUCACCAGCGGUCAUAUGUUUAAUCAUAUAAGAAAAGUACCAUAUGUUACUAGCAACAAUAAUGGUGGGAUUAGCUAUUUUGCUGGAGGCUUCUCGGCUCAAUACGGAUUAGAGACACAAAUAAUUGCUGCCAUGUAUGGUCUACUAUCAUUUGCAACUAUUUCACUCGCGUUGAAGGUACCUCGUAUACUAAACCCUGUCGCCCAACAGAUGGCAGUUCUUAUUUGGUGCGGUCUUAUUUUUUUUGUAUAUGCAUUUCUUCUGAGUAUAUUUCGCAUAAAGAAUGGUAGUUAUCCAUUUUGGUUGCCUCCAUUCCCAUAG